AUGCCUGUCGAUACGGAACUUGCAGUUGACGAGGAAAUUCCCCCAGCAUACAGCGAAAACCUUGACCAAUUUUCUCUUCACCAGAAUGGGUUUGAUGCCGGCGCUGCUGUUACGGACGACGGUCGAGUCAACAUCAACAUAAACCAAACGAGUCCACAUCUAGCCGAUUUUAUCGCACCCGCUCUACGUAACCAGUUAAGAGAGAGCGAAACCGCGGUCGAAUCUACUCUCCCUCCUGCCUAUAUCCCUCCUAGUCUAGGUGGUCAACCGGGUCAGACCCCUCCGCCCCAGUUAAACGUCGUGAUACAGAUCGUGGGAUCUCGGGGUGAUGUACAACCAUUUGUCGCGCUCGGUCAAAUAUUGAAGAAAACAUACGGUCACCGAGUCAGAGUAGCAACGCAUGCGACAUUUCAGAAAUUCGUCGAAGAUAAUGGCCUAGAAUUCUUCAACAUCGGAGGCGAUCCCGCCGAACUCAUGGCCUUUAUGGUCAAGAACCCAGGAUUAAUGCCCGGUAUCGAUACGUUGAAAAGCGGUGAGAUCGCCAAGCGAAGAAAGGGAAUUGAAGAGAUCGUUCUUGGCUGCUGGAGAUCUGCUAUCGAGACUGGAGAUGGUCUUGGACCGGCGCCGCGCUUUGAUAAACGGCGCAACGACCAUGAAUCUGAGGAGAGUCCGGGUCCUUUAAGUGACCUCUCUGGCCACAAGCCAUUUGUCGCAGAUGCGAUUAUCGCAAACCCACCUAGUUUCGCGCAUAUACAUAUCGCGGAAAAACUAGGAGUACCUCUACACUUAAUGUUCACUAUGCCUUGGUCGCCGACAAGAGCGUUCCCACAACCGCUGGCGAAUAUUCAAUCCUCAAAUACAGAUCCGAUCACCACGAAUUACAUCUCAUAUGCAUUGGUUGAAAUGAUGACAUGGCAAGGACUUGGAGAUGUAAUCAAUCGGUUCCGUACAAAGAUUCUUGACCUUGAGCCUCUUUCUAUACUCUGGGCACCUGCCGUGCUGACUAGACUCCGGAUCCCUUACACAUACUGCUGGUCACCAGCUCUCAUCCCCAAGCCGAACGAUUGGGGUCAACAUAUUGACAUUGCUGGAUUUUAUUUCCUUAACUUGGCAUCAUCUUUCACUCCGGAGCCUGAAUUAGCCGCUUUUCUCGAGGCGGGCCCCCCUCCCGUUUACAUAGGAUUUGGAUCUAUUGUCGUGGAUGAUCCUAAUGGCUUAACCCGAAUGAUAUUUGACGCCGUAGCCGAGACGGGAGUGCGAGCACUUGUUUCUAAGGGAUGGGGCGGCUUAGGAGCGGAUUCGGUCGGUAUACCAGAGGGCGUCUUUAUGCUUGGCAAUGUUCCCCACGAUUGGCUAUUUCAGCAUGUUUCCGCCGUCUGCCAUCACGGAGGCGCUGGAACCACAGCGGCCGGAAUCAAUGCGGGUAAACCUACCAUUGUUGUUCCAUUCUUUGGAGAUCAACCUUUUUGGGGCGCUAUGGUUGCGAGGGCCGGUGCAGGUCCCGAACCUAUUCCGUACAAGAAACUCACUGCAGAGGGAUUAGCCGAAGCUAUCCGAACGGCGCUGAAACCAGAAACCCAAGAGCGAGCCUACGAAUUGGGAGAGAAAAUUCGGGAAGAAAAGGGUGCAGACGUUGGAGCUCAAUGCUUUCAUAAGCAUCUUGAUGUCGAUAGACUCCGAUGCGCUUUAGCUCCUAGCCGAGUUGCUGUAUGGCGUCUUCGCCGAACUCAGAUUCAUCUCAGCGCUCUUGCGGCAGCAACACUCGUUAAUAACGGGUAUCUAAGGUACUCGGAUUUGAAACUAUUCCGUGCCAAUGAAUACAGUACUGAGGACCACCCGACAGACCCCAUAUCAGCUUGUACGUCUGCUCUAGUGGGCGACUUUAGUACCAUCGCCAUGUCUGUGGCAGACCUUCCACGAGGCGUCUUCAAAGCAGCAAUAGGCCCGAAAUCAUCAAAGUCAACUGAAAAAGCUGACGAUGACACAACUACUAUUGUUUCAGCGGAGGUUAAUAACAGUACGCUUUCAGUGGAUCGUGUGAGUGCUGCCGACUCUACUACGACCUUGCCAAAUGCAGAUUUAGCUAGUAUACCCUCCCACCCUCUUGGUAUGAGGACCGAGAAUAGUAGUCUACCUAACCUAGCGCCUACUGCCUCGUUCCCAUCAGUUCGUUCAAGGUCUCCAUCCGAACCGCCUUCUACCCCUGGCCAUCAACGUAACAACUCAAUGCAAAGGGUAGGAGCAGCGUCACCGAACUUGAUGAGCAAUGACAAUAUUGAAAGGGCAAUCGGCGUCGGCAAGAGCGUCAACAAUAUCGUGGCUGCUGGAAUGAAGACACCCAUGAACUUCUGUCUGGGACUUGCGAGAGGUUUCAGAAAUGCGCCGACACUAUAUAACGACGAUACUGUCCGACCCGCAGAGAAAGUCACGGAUUUUGCCAGUGGUCUUAAGAUCGCUAGCAAGGAAUUCGGUCUUGGCUUCUACGAUGGGAUCACUGGGCUUGUGACCCAGCCUCUAAGAGGUGCAGAGAAGGAUGGUGGUGUCGGAGUGCUGAAGGGAUUCGGCAAGGGUAUUGGAGGGUUGGUGCUAAAACCCGCAGCAGCUAUAUGGUCUAUUCCAGCAUAUACCAUGCAGGGAGUCCAUGCCGAAAUACGGACAAUGUUUGCCCAGAGUGCCCAAAAAUACAUUAUCUCAUCCAGAGUUUCUCAAGGUCAAGAUGAUUUUACCAACGCAUCACCAGCGGAGCGUGAGGAUAUUGAAGUUCGCUGGCUUUCACAAAAGGAGCAAAUGAGAGGAUUUUAUACCUGGAAGCAGAAAGAGAAAGGAAAAUCUAGGGACGCGUCUCCCCGCAUGGUACCGGGCCACGGAAGUGUUAUAACUGAGCAGAUCCUUGGCAAUGAACCACCGAAGACAGGAUGGCUUCACACAAGGAAUAUGUCUCUCGACGAACGGAAGAGAUUGCAUGAACAGAAGAAAGCAUGGAAGAAAAGGAAAGCAGAAGCAGCGGCAACAGGUGGCACGUUUAUCGAGGAAGAACCCCUCUCCAACAUGGAUAGUACACGUGAACAACAGGAUGAGGAGUUCGAACGAGCUAUUCUGACCGCAGUGCGAGAAACUUCUAACGGUGAUGCUUCUGAAGAUGCGCGAAUUGAACAAGCGAUUCGCUCGAGCGUCAGGGCAUUACGAACUAGAUCUACAACGGUAGGAUCGUACAACUCGACUACGUCCUUCGCAUCCAGCGGACAAGAUUCCGGAUACAUGUCCGAUAUCAAGCGUCCGAUACCCGACCCCAUGGCCUCGCCGCCGGCACUACCUCCUCGCAUCCCCGAAGAUCUCAUGGAUAUCACGGACGAGGAGUACCAAGCGCUAAUCGAACAAGCCGUGCAAUUAAGUAUCGCGGACUCACAGCAUAGAGGUAUCCAAAUGCACGACCUCGAGGAAAGCGAAGAAGACGAGGACUUCAAGCGAGCACUCGAAAGAUCACAGACGGAGCGUAGUGCUGAUGAUGAAGAUGUGAAUUAUAAAAAGGCGCUACAAGCUUCGGAGGUUCAACAUAAAUCCCGAGAUUCAGAUGAGGAAGAGGAAUUAAGAAAAGCGAUUGAGGCUUCGCAAAAUGAACAGAAUAAGGAAGGGGCAGGGGAUGAUGAUGAGUUACGCCGCGCGAUUGAGGAGUCGGAACGUGCGCAUAAGGAGGAGUUGGCACGGGCGAAUAGUUUGAGGACGGAGGAGGAUAUUGUGCUGGAGUAUGUUAAGAAACAGAGUCUUGCGGAGGAGGAGUUUAGACGGAAGAGUAGGGUUAGGAGUAUGGGUGUGGGUGAAGAUGGGGAUGGGGAUGGGGAGGUGGAUGAGGAGUUGAGACGGGCGCUGGAGGAGAGUAUGGCGAGUCGACGGGAUGGUGGUGGGGGUGGGCCGUCGAGUUUUCGGUGA